GUGCUUCGCAGCAGCGCCACAAGUGCAGCGUGGACACCUGCAGGAGCUACAAUGUCGCGCACAGCACGGAGAUGACCGAGGCUUGGACAGUUCUCCUUGUUGAGAACACGCAGCGCAGUCGCGCCACUGCACAGGCGCUGAUACAGCGCACGUUCCAAGGCCAGUUGCUGCCGCAAGCCUUGAGGUGUGAUGCUUGUGGGGGCCAGAAGGACGUUCUUCAAGAGUCCAGGCCUUUGUCAGCGCCAGAGGUCUUGAUUGUAAGUUUCCCUCGAAACGGAAACGGCCACGUGGACCCGCACACAGGGCGAUGGUGCAAGAAUGAGCGCGAGGUGGACUGCACAGGGCCAGUGGAAAUCAACGGCACCUUGUACAGGUUUGUAGCAUUAGUGGAGCAUAUUGCUUUAGAUUGUGGUGAUGCUGAACAGGGGCACUUUGUGACAUGGACCAUGGAGGGUGGUAGCUGGCUCCGGUACGAUGACACUGCGGUGACACGAAUGUCUGCUUUGCCGAAGAAGGUUGCCAAGAGCGUGGUGCUGGCUGUGUACGAGACUUGCGUCGUGACUAGCUUUGCGACAGAGCAGGCUGCGACUGGGUCAGUUGCUGAUAUGACACCCACAGACCCUGCAGCCAACGCGGAAGAGAAUGCAGCAGGAAGCAUUGCCCCCGCAACGACAGAGCUGGCGUCCACUGUCCUGGACUCGCAGGCUGGGGAGGCACUGCAGUCAACAGCAGGGGUGGACGCAAAAGCGGAGAGCCUUGGCUUGCAGACCUUGCCCUUUGCGGAAACCGCUGAUGGCACCCUGGAGUUCGAAAGGGAUGUGGUCGCUGCCUUGUCCAUCUUCCAAGCCGGUGAGGAUGUAGCUGCUUUUCUCGCGAACCUGCCGGCUUACAGCGUGCGAUCCUUAGCAGAGAUUUUGGCAAUGGAGCAAGCAGACGUGAAGGAGCAGUUGCCUGCUGUGAUUGCCGGGUUUGAAGCUGAUGAGUUUGGCGGGAAGCAGGCAGUGGAGCUGCAGUACCCGCUGUGGCGGACAAGUUUUUACCCAAUCUUGGUCCUCAUGGAGGCAUGGAGUCGGAGCACUGGCAUGCCGACCGUGUUCUACUACGAUGCUUUCUGCGCGCUUCUAAUGGGUCUGCUCCACAAAGAGAUCUGCGUGGAUGUGGCGGGCUACCCGUGUCGCAGCCGAUACUGGGCCAUUGGCACAGCGCGCCCUGGAAGCGGGAAGAGUCCGGCAGUGGACCCGAUGGUUGAAUGCCUUCGCAGCGUGUUGCAAGAGAAUCUGCACCUCGCAGCUGGAUGUGGCUGGGACAAGUUUCAUUUGUUAGGUCCGGGCACGCAUUGUGCGGCUGUCGACAAGCUAAAGGUGACAGAUGGCUACGCCACGCUCAUAGCUG